AAGAAGCCGGCAGCAAAAAGGAUAGGGAAAAGUUAUAAUAAACAUUUCGAGGAUAAUUCUUAAUUUUUUGGCGGACUUUUUGAGGAUUAUUGCGGGUGCCGAAUGCGCUCGUUGACGUAAAAGUGGACAGCAGAAGAAAUGUCGCAAACACACCUGAGAUACCUGAUGGCUUUGGCCUUAGUCCACGUGGUGUUCUCCUCGGGGGUGUUCGAGUUGAAAAUUAACUCGUUCCACACGGCGCAGCGCAUCUGCCGGAGACACAGAGACUGCCACAUUUUUUUCAGAAUAUGCCUCAAGCACCCGGAGGACGUGAUAUCGGCAGAACCACCGUGCACCUUUGGGACCGGACAAACCAACGUCAUCAGGGCCGAUCACACCUCCAUCUCCAGCAGCGCCGCCAUCAGGGUGCCUUUCCACUUCAAAUGGCCGGGGACCUUUUCGUUGAUUAUCGAGGCCUGGAACGCAGAAUCCCCGACUGAAUACACAGAUAACCAAAACAACCUGGUGAAUCGCCUGGCCACCAGGAGGAGGCUCGCCAUCGGUGAGGAUUGGUCGCAGGACGUGCACUUCGGCGAACAAAGUGAACUGCGAUACUCCUACCACGUCUUCUGCGACGAGUACUACUUCGGAGACGGCUGCGCGGAAUACUGCAGGCCGAGGGACGACACGCUGGGACACUACACUUGUGACGAGGAGGGCAACCGUAUCUGCCUGGAAGGAUGGAAAGGAAACUACUGCUCUGAACCCAUCUGCUCGGCGGACUGCAGCGAGAGGCACGGCUACUGCGAGGCCCCCGGGGGUUGCACAUGCCGCAUGGGAUGGCAGGGACCCUCCUGUAAGGAGUGCGUCCGGUACCCGGGCUGCCUGCAUGGGACCUGCAGCCAGCCGUGGCAGUGUAACUGCCGAGAGGGCUGGGGGGGCCUAUUCUGUGACCAGGACCUCAACUACUGCACCAACCACAAGCCUUGCGCCAACGGGGCCACCUGCACCAACACGGGCCAAGGCAGCUACACGUGCGCCUGCAGGCCGGGCUUCGGCGGCACAAACUGUGAACUGGAAACCAACGAGUGUGACAGCAACCCCUGCAAGAACGGAGGAAGCUGCAAUGACCUGGAAAAUGACUACUCGUGCACCUGCCCGCAAGGCUUCUACGGUAAAAACUGUGAAAUCAUCGCGAUGACGUGUGCGGACGGUCCCUGCUUCAAUGGGGGGACGUGUGUGGAGGCCAUGACGGGGGGUUACACUUGCCGCUGUCCGUCCAGCUACACCGGUUCCAACUGUGAAAAGAAGCUGGAUCGCUGCAGCAACCGGCCCUGUUUAAAUGGUGGUGAGUGUCUGGACCUCGGCCAGAGCGUCCUCUGCCGUUGUCAAGCGGGCUUCACCGGCGCCAACUGCCAAGCCAACAUUGACGACUGCGCCUCAAACCCUUGCCAGAACGCUGGGACGUGUCAGGACAGCGUGAAUGACUACACCUGCUCCUGCACCCUGGGGUACACCGGCAAGAACUGCAGCGUUCGCUCGGACGCGUGCGGCGCUCGUCCGUGCCAGAACGGGGGCACUUGCUUCACGCACUUCACCGGACCCGUUUGCCAGUGCCCUAAAGGCUUCAUGGGUCCUAGUUGCGAGUUCACUCUCCAGCCUAGUUUCAAGCCCGCUCUACGCCAAACCUCCCAGCCCUCCUCGGCCACACUCAGCAUCUCCUGCGUCCUGGCCGUUCUGGUUGUGGCACUGGUCGCGGGUAUCAUCCUCCUGAGGAGGCGCCGGAGGUUUCAAGGGAGGAAGCAGCUGAGCGACAUUGCAGUUUACAACGACCUGGAGACGGUCAACAACCUGGGAGGAAGCGAGAGAGACUCCUUCCUGGGUCCAAACGGCCUGUUCAAGAUCAGCAACAGCACGGCCCGCCUCAGCCUGGCGCUCUGCCCAGAGGGAAGGUCAGGGUUUAGGCACAAUCCAGUGGAGAGCGGCCUGGUCAGAGAGGACUUCAUGUGGCGGGACGAGGCCGGACUGGGUUCUGGAGCUGCCGGGCUGAGAUGAGCUCAGCAGGAGAAGCAAAUAUUAGCACUUGUUGCUCCUCUUUCUUCAUGCACUGUGACACGAGGAGCAAAACACCACAAAUAGCAAGAAAAAGAUUAUUGGAAGAAUAUUACAGAGCGCAUUCAGACCCAAAGAGACCAAUAUCGAUAUUAAUAUCCACCUUUCUUCGGACCUGCAGCUGUUGGGGAGUAACCACCCUCGCACACACUUUAACGGCAUCGUCAAAGUGUGUGUGAGUGCGGUUGUUAUUCCACAACUCGAACCAAAUACUGACAAUACUCAAGCCGCUUUGGAAAACUUGUCCCAAUGACUUUGUUAUCAUCUGUAAUAUUAUUUCCUGUCUUAAAUUGUUUUUUCUACACCGUUUUUUUUUUUUGCCUUUCAAUCUUCCUUUGCCCAUUUUUUCCUUAUUGUGCGCACCAUCAUUUUUUAUCCUUUAUAUUAUUUAUUUAUUUGAAAACCUAGAUUUAGAGCUCCACAGAAAUAUAUUUAUACAAUGCUGAAUGAAAACUUUGGGCUGUUGGAAGAUAAAAUAUCCCAAAGUUGUAAAGGGCAGAGAUAUGAGGAUGAAUAAUUGCCCUGUCAUGUGCCAUUUUUUUGUGUUCAUACCAAAGUUUGUGUGAUGUUAUGUGUUGUCAUUGCUAUUUAAGUUGAUCAUAUUGUUUUUUUUUCUUGUGGAAUAAAGACUAAUACUUAAUUAAA